ACGACAAUUAGCUGCAGUUGCUCUUUUUCUUAUUGCAGAAAGAGAAAAAAGAAAGAAAUAUAAGAGAAAUUGGGCUAGAUAUUGGCUGCAACAUAGAAAUACAGUUAGCAAUACAUUAACAAUGUUGCAUAAAGAACUAAGUAUCGAAGAUCCAAGCUCUUUUCAAAAUUAUAUACGUAUGGAGCAACUUGUGCUCGAGGAGUUGUUACAUGCUGUUGCACCUUUAAUUGAAAAAAAGGACACAGUAAUGAGACAAGCUAUCCCUGCUCAAGAUCGAUUAAGUGUAACAUUACGUUAUCUUGCUACAGGAAAUUCAUUCAUGAAUUUAUCGUAUUCUGUACGAAUCGCUCUUAAUACAUUAUCUCAAAUAAUACCUAAUACAUUAAAAGCAAUUGUUGAAGUACUUGAAAAGAAAGUUUUUAAUUGUCCAUCUAGUCCAGUUGAAUGGCAAGUUUUGGCAGAGAAAUUCAAUAUACAGUGGCAAUUUCCGCAUUGUUUAGGCUCAUUAGAUGGGAAACGUAUUAAUUUCAGACCACCAAGAAAAGCAGGUUCUGUAUAUAGAAAUUAUAAAGGAAAAGAUAGCAUAAUCUUUCUUGCUCUUGUAGAUGCUGACUAUAAUUUUAUAUUUGUGGAUGUAGGCAGAAAUGGUCGUAUGCAUGAUGCUUCUGUAUUUCGAGAAAGUUCUCUGGCUACACAGUUGCAUUCAGGAACAUUAAAUUUAUCUUUGCCAUCCUCUUUACCUGGAUACAAUGUUGAUAUGCCAUAUGUAAUUGUAGCAGACGAUGCUUUUUCUUAA